AAAGCGGUUCAGGGAAAAAAAAAAUCGGCAAAUAUUCGUCUUGUUGUGCGGGUACUCGUUUUUAGUCUCUGUUAUGGCGGCCACCGAGGAAGUUCAGGUGACAGCAGUGGAGCAGCCUCCGGCGGUGGAGGAAGUCAAACCGGCUGAGAAGCCUGUCAAGGAAAAGAAGACAAAGGCUCCUAAAGAGAAGAAGCCGAAACAGGCGAAAACCGCUUCUCAUCCUCCCUACUUUCAGAUGAUUAAGGAGGCUCUAUUGGCCUUGAACGAGAAGAGCGGAUCGAGUCCAUAUGCCAUAGCCAAGCACAUGGAAGAGAAACACAAAGCGGUACUUCCGGCGAAUUUCAGGAAGAUGCUGACUCUGCAACUUAAAAACUCUGCCGCGAGAGGAAAGCUCGUUAAGAUCAAGGCCUCGUUCAAGCUUUCUGAGGCAGGCAAGAAGGACAAGCCUGCAACUAGAAAACCUAGAACCGACGCAACAAAGAAGCCGAAGGCAGCCAAAACCACCGACGCUAAGAAGAAAACUGAGAUUACAACGAGGACAGCGAAGAAGGCUGGGCCCACGAGGCCCAAGAAAUCGGCCCCAGCGAAACCCAAGCAGCCCAAGUCCAUUAAAUCUCCUGCUGCUAAGAAGGCCAAGAGGGCUACUGCUACUGCUUGAAAUGUAAAAAGUUGAAAGUUGAAACCGAGAAAUAGUAAAUAAAAAAUAAAAAACUAACGGCCUUUGUGUAUGUAGAUGGUUGUAUCUAGUGUUUGGAUCUGUUUAAAUCUUCGUGUUUUGUUCUAAUGGAAAUGCGUUCUGGAAUUUUCCUUCGGACGAUCACUA